AUGGACUCUUCUGUCGCUAGAUCCUUGCGAAAUCUCUUCGAAUAUUUAUUUCUUAAAUUUAAUGCAUUUUAUGAAAAUCAAUUUUCAACUAUUGGUACACAUAUUGGUAGUAAACCUUAUAUAUUUAUAUGCGUUCCAUUUAUCUUAACUGGUCUUUGUUUAUUGGGUCUUUUACGUAUGAAUAUGAACAAUAAUGCUGAUGAUUUAUUUAUACCGGUCAAUAGUAAAAGUGUACGUGAUCGACAUCUUGUAGCUAAUCUAUUACCAAUGAAUUAUGAUGAAUAUUAUCUUCAUCAAGAUUAUGAUUUUGGUAUAUAUGGUGAUGUUAUAUUUAUAACAAAUGAUUAUGGAAAUAUAGGACGUUCAAUUGUACAAAAAGAACUUAAACGCAUUUAUAAUCUUAUACAAAAAAUAAAUGUUACUUAUAAUAAUGAAACAUAUUUUUAUAAAGAUCUUUGUGCUAAACGUAAUAAUCAAUGUGUAACUGAAGGUGAAAUUUUUUUUCGUAAUACAUUUUGGAAACGUUUACAUGAUAAACAAUUAUAUAAAUAUGUAACAAAUAAUCUCUAUACAGAUGAUGAUGGUGUACCAAAUUUAUUAACAUUUAUAUUUGGAAAAAGUUUAAUACUUAAUUUCGAUAAAGGUACAUUAUAUGGUAAAGUACUUAAAUUACGUUUUAAUUUACGACGUACAUUAUUUAUAAAAAAUCAAACUGAAAAUAUUGAAAUAAUAAGUCGAAUGUGGGAACAAGCUUUUUUACAAUUUUUUCAUCAUUUUGAAUCAAUUAUGGUUCGUGCUAUUUAUUCAGUAUCAACAUCAAUUGAUCAAGAACUGGAAAAUAAUAUUAAUUUAGAUUUGAACUUAGUCGUUAUAACAUUCACUGUAAUGAUUAUUGUUGCUACGAUUUGUUUGUCAAUACGUGGUCCAUUAACACAAUCACCAGCAUAUUUAUCUGCUAUUGGUGUUCUAGCAACAAUGUUAGGAUUAAUUUCUGGCUUUGGAUUUUGUUCACUAAUUGGUAUACCUAUGUGCUCAUUAGUAUUUGCUACACCAUUUCUUAUCAUUGGUGUUGGUACUGAUGAUAUGUUUCUAAUUUAUUCAGCUUAUCAUCGAACAAAAGCAUCUGAAACAACUUCGCAAAGAUUAGCAGAUACAUUUCGUAUUUGUGGAUCCGGUAUAACAAUAACAUCUUUAACAAAUGUUCUUGCUUUUCUAGUUGGAACAACUACGGAUUUCUAUGGUAUACGUCUAUUUUGUUUUUAUACAAGUGCUUCAAUAGCUUUUUGUUAUUUCUAUCAAAUAAUGUUAUUUGGUAGUGCAGUUGCACUUUACAAUGAAUGUAUUAAUAAUAACCGACAUACACUCAUUCCAUGUAUUGUCGAUCGUACACAAACAACAAAUAAUCAAAGACAUCGACAUCGUCGACGACAACAAUGUUUACCAUGGAAAGAAAUGUUUGUCUAUGUUAUUAAACCAUUAUUUACAACAUGGGGUCAAAUAAUUGUUUGUUUAAUUUUUUUAAUUUAUACAAUAUUUGCUAUUUAUGGAGCAUCACAAAUGAGAGAUGGUAUGAAAUUGGAACAAUUAUUAAGCGAUAAAUCGUAUGCACAACAUUAUUUUAAUACACUAGAUAAAGAAUUUGAACCUUAUCCAUUAGUACAUUUUAUUAUAACAGAACCAAUACCAUAUUGGAGAAAUGAUUAUAUGAAACGAAUUCAUAACUUAGCUAAUACUGCUAAACAAUUAGAAGGAAUGAGUCCUCAAUUUGAAAUCUCUUGGUUCUCAUUAUUGGGCUAUGACUCACAAGAUUAUCCAUUUGAUAAUGGUACAAAAUUUAUGGAAAUAAUUCAUGGUUUUGUUAAUUUAUUUCCAACAUUUUAUAAUGAUUUAUUAAUUAAUGAUACUCAUUUAAUAGCUAGUCGAUAUUAUUUAAAAAUGGGACGUGUGCAUUAUAAUUCAUCUGAUGGCUAUUUAGUUCAUCAAUUACGUUCACUUGCUGAACAAUCAAAACUGCCAAUCAAAGUGUAUAGUAAUCUUUUCAAAUAUUAUGAACAAAUGUAUGAAGUCAUUCCGAAUAUAAUUCAAACAUUUCUCAUUGCUAUAGAAGCUAUAUACAUAGCAACAUUAAUAAUUAUUCCUGAUCUUAAAUCUGUUAUUAUUAUUAUGUCAACAAUGUGUAUGAUACUUCUUAGUCUUGUUGCUACAUUACAUGCUUGGGGUAUUCAAGUAUCAUCAGUUAUGAUGGUUGAACUUAUUAUGUCAAUUGGUUUUUGUUCAGAUUUUUGUGUACACAUUGUACAUGCCUUUUUAACAUCAACUGGUACAAGAAAAGAACGAGCACAACAAGCAUUAAUUAACAUGGGAAUGCCAAUAUUAUGUGCAAGUUUAUCAUCAAUAAUUGGUGUUCUAUUUUUAGGUCUUGCUCAUUCAUAUUUAUUUCGAACAUUUUUUAAAACAAUGAUUUCUAUUAUGACAUUAGGAGCUAUACAUGCAUUGGUUUUUUUACCAGUUAUUUUAUCAUUAAUUGGUUCUCAUUGGCCAUCACAUAUGAAAGAUAACAUACAACAAAAUGAUUCCCUUCAAAUGACAACAUCUAUAAAUAAAGAUUCUCAAAUAAGUGGAUAUAUUAUAGAAGAAAAUGUUACAAAAAAACAUGAAAAAUUACAAAGAAAACCAAAUACAAUUGAAGAAGAAGAAGAUGAUCAAUUAAUAUCAACAACACAAAGAGCUGAAACAAUUACUAAUAAUUUAACAAACUUAAACAUGUAUACUUGA